UCUCUCUCUCUCUCUCUCUCUGUUUGUUUAUUUAUACCAUUACCCAUACAGCCAAAGUGCCAAAUCAAGAAUCUCUCAACUCUUCUUUUGUUCUCUUGCAUCUUUCACACCAUGGCAGACCCUUGCUCUAAUCUUUUCAAUGGCUGGUUCAACUUUAUCCCUAUUCAUUCUAACUACACUUCUGUUUUCACUUCUUACUCAAAUCCCCCUCCUUACAAUUUCAAUCUCUACUCAAACAACCACCUCUUCAACAACAAAUCUCCCAUUCAAUAUCAAACCUAUCAUCCUCCUCCUCCUCCUCAGAAGGAAGCUCCUCCUCCAUUAAUAGAGUACUUGACUCCUCCAAGACAACAAGAAGAGAUAAGUCAUGAAUCCUCUAGUAAUAAUUCCAUGGAAGAUGACAAGAACAUGAAUAAGAAAGAUGCUGAUGAUGAUGAUGAUCAUGCGACUGUAGCUCUACAUAUAGGGCUUCCUAGCCAUAGUUCUAAUCUGGGUUCUAGGGUUUUUUCCCACCCAUCAACAGAAGAAGGGAGUAGUGCAGUUUCAGAAGGGUACCCUUUGCAGAAACUAAGCAAAGGUCAAUAUUGGAUCCCUACACCUUCUCAGAUUCUUAUUGGUCCUACUCAGUUUUCAUGUCCUGUUUGCUUCAAGACUUUCAACAGAUACAACAACUUGCAGAUGCAUAUGUGGGGACAUGGAUCUCAGUACAGAAAAGGACCUGACUCAUUAAGAGGAACCCAACCAACAGGAAUGCUAAGGCUCCCUUGCUAUUGCUGUGCACCAGGGUGCAAACACAACAUUGAUCACCCACGAGCAAGACCACUCAAAGACUUUAGAACCCUCCAAACUCACUACAAGAGAAAACAUGGAAUCAAACCUUUUAUGUGCAGAAAAUGUAGCAAGCCAUUUGCUGUUAAAGGUGACUGGAGAACCCAUGAAAAGAAUUGUGGCAAAAUCUGGUAUUGUAUUUGUGGGUCUGAUUUUAAGCACAAGAGGUCUCUCAAAGAUCACAUCAAGGCCUUUGGUCAUGGCCAUGCAGCUGUUGGUAUUGAUAAUUCUUUUGAAGAAGAUGAUGACUUAGCUUCUGAACUUGAACAUGAAGAGGAGUCAUCACCCUGAAAUUUUUCACCAUGUGAGAGGAAAAUGGGGUUAUAUGUAUCAAUGUGUGGUUUACUAUAUAUAGUUUGUUCAAGCUUGGUAACUUGGGUAAUCCUUUUGCUUUGCUUAUGUAUCUUCCUUUCUGGGAAUAUGUUAUUUUCCAAGUGAUUAUAUCAAUUAGGGCAAAAAUAUGUAAAAAAGAAAUGUAUAUUUAAUAAAAUAAGAACUGCCAAGUUUCUCUUUU